UUGCCAGGGCGACGGGCGCAGUGGCAGGCUCCACUGUGGAUAAGCUGCCGAGCAGGGAGUAAUCCAAGAAAACUGAAUUUAAAUACACGGAAUCAUGGCGGCGAUUUUAGACGCAUUAUGGGAGGACAGGGACGUCAGAUUCGACAUCACUACACAGCAGAUGAAAACCCGCGCAGGAGAGGUGCUGAUAGACUGUCUGGACUCUAUCGAGGACACCAAGGGAAACAACGGCGACAGAGGACGACUGCUGGUCACCAACCUGAGGAUCAUUUGGCAUUCUCUGGCUCUCCCCAGAGUUAAUUUGUCUGUGGGCUACAACUCCAUCAUUAACAUCACCACUCGGACGGCUAACUCGAAACUGCGCGGUCAAACGGAGGCCCUCUACAUCCUCACCAAGUCCAACAACACCAGAUUUGAGUUCAUCUUCACCAACGUGGUUCCCGGGAGUCCCAGACUGUUCACCUCAGUCAUCGCCGUGCACAGGGCCUAUGAGACGUCCAAAAUGUACCGGGACUUGAAGCUGCGUGGUGCCCUCAUCCAGAACAAGCAGCUCCGCCUCCUCCCUCUGGAGCAGGUGUACGACAAGAUCAACGGCGUCUGGAACCUGUCCAGCGACCAGGGUAAUCUCGGCACGUUCUUCAUCACUAACGUCCGUAUCGUCUGGCACGCCAACAUGAACGAGAGCUUCAACGUCAGCAUCCCCUAUCUGCAGAUCAGAUCCAUCCGAAUAAGAGACUCAAAGUUUGGCUUGGCGCUGGUGAUUGAGAGCUCCCAGCAGACCGGUGGAUAUGUGCUGGGGUUCAAGAUCGACCCGAUGGACAAGCUCCAGGACGCGGUGAAGGAGAUCAACUCCCUGCAUAAGGUCUAUUCGGCCAACCCCAUCUUUGGAGUGGACUACGAAAUGGAGGAGAAGCCCCAGCCCUUGGAGGAGAUGACCGUGGAUCAGCUCCCCGACGACGUGGAGAUAGAGCCUGACGAGCAGACGGACGCCUUCACCGCCUACUUUGCUGAUGGAAACAAGCAACUGGACAGGGAGCCCGUGUUCUCUGAGGAGCUGGGGCUGGCCAUCGAGAAGCUGAAGGAGGGAUUCACCCUCCAAGGACUGUGGGAGGUUAUGGGAAGUUGAAUGAGUUUCGAACAAUACCAGUUAAAUAUGUAUCUUCUGUAAGUAUGUGUAUAAGGGCGUUAGGAGUAUGAGGCUGUAUUUAUUUUUUAGGGGAAAAUACUAUUUGUAAAGUUUGUAAAGCUGCUAGUUUUGUAUUGUAGGCCUGUAAGAGUUAAUUAAUCUGGUGGUUGUUUAUUAGGGGUCCAACUUAAAAAAAAAUUAUAU